UUGACUUUUCUUGCCGUCCAUCCCUAUAUAUGUUUUUCUUUCCCACGUGAGGCUUGUAUUUUAUUGUGAAAUACCUUGAAAUUGGACGUAAACUCUCAUAAAAAGUCAGCAACAAUCAUCAACCAUGGCGGUCCGUGUACAAUUCGAAAAUAACAAUGAGGUGGGAGUGUUUAGCAAAUUGACAAAUUCUUAUUGUUUGGUUGCCAUUGGCGGAUCGGAGAACUUCUACAGCGUGUUCGAGGCGGAGCUGGCGGAGACGAUCCCCGUGGUGCACGUGAGCAUCGCCGGCUGCCGCAUCAUUGGGCGCAUGACCGUCGCCAACAAGAACGGGUUACUGGUGCCAUCGGCGACCACCGACACGGAGCUGCAGCACAUCCGUAACAGCCUGCCCGACACCGUGAAGGUGCAGCGCGUGGAGGAGCGGCUCAGCGCGCUCGGGAACGUGAUCGCGUGCAACGACUACGUGGCACUCGUACACCCGGACCUUGAUCGCGACACCGAAGAGAUCCUUGCCGAUACGCUCGACGUAGAGGUAUUCCGUCAGACGGUGGCCGGCAAUGUUCUGGUCGGAUCAUACGCGGCGCUCAGCAACCGUGGCGGGCUCGUACAUCCAAAGACAACCAUACAAGACCAGGAUGAGCUGUCGUCUCUCCUGCAAGUCCCGCUGGUAGCGGGCACAGUGAAUCGCGGCAGUGACGUAGUAGCCGCGGGGAUGGUGGUCAAUGACUGGUGCGCAUUCUGUGGCAUGGACACUACUUCCACAGAGAUCUCUGUGAUUGAGAGUGUAUUCAAAUUGAACGACGCCAAGCCCACAGCCAUCACAUCCACCAUGAGAGCGUCACUCAUUGACAGUAUGUCAUAACAUUGGACUGUGUGUAAAAUUAUGUUCUAUGUGAUAUUGUUUUACCUGUAAGUUCCCUUAAUAUGAUCCGCAACAAUCUGAUAGGAUUCCAAUUCUGUUAAACAGAUUGCAUAACUUGAACCAAUGAGUCUUGACAUAUGUUUUUUUACAAAAAUAAGCAAAUAAAUCAUAAUUAUUAUGACCUAA